GGUUUUCAUCGAAUACAACAGAACUGAUUUAAUUUAGCAAACGAUACUUGGUACCACAGUAAUAUCGAUCAACAUGAAGGCCUUGAUUUGCUUGAUGCUGAUUUCGGCGGCAUAUGCUGCAGAAAAAGCGGAAGAAAAGGCAGAAGAUAAGAACCUUAAAAAACGUGGACUUUUGGGUCUUGGAUAUGGAGGACAUGGAGGAUAUGGUGGAUAUGGAGGAUAUGGAGGAUAUGGAGGUUACGGAAGUUAUGGAGCUUAUGGAGGAGGUUAUGGAGGCUACGAAGGUGGUCACUCAGUCGCAGUUGCUGCCGUCCCAGUUCCUGUUGACAGACCAUACCCAGUUCCUGUUGACAGACCUUACCCAGUUAAGGUACCAGUCGCUGUUCCACAACCAGUGCCAGUAGCCGUUCCCGUCGACAGACCAUACCCAGUUGUUCAAACCAAAACUGUAACGGUUCCAGUUGACAGGCCUUACCCAGUCUCCGUCCCUGUCCAAGUUCCAGUACCCGUACCUGCGCCUUACCCAGUCAAGGUACCAGUUGCUCAUCCAGUACCAGUCCACGUUUCUCAUCCGGUUCCAGUUGCGGUUCCACAACCUGUCGUCGUCAAGGAAACGGUUCCCGUUCUCGUUAAGGGCGGUCAUGGUCAUUAUUAGAUGAAAAAUCUUUUCUCCUCUUAUUAUCUUUACCUAUUUGACCCUUCAAAAAUUAUUCCUGUUUAACACCCAAAAUCGCAAAAAAAAACAUCAGUGACGAGAGCAAACCAAAAAAAAAGAAAAAAAAAACAUUCUUCCGUUGUCUUCCUUUUCCGCUCUUCCUCUCACUCACUCACUCACUCUCCUCUCUCUCUCUCUCUCUCUCUCUUAUCAUAGUAAAUACUUAAACUCGAUGAAAUAAAUAAUUGAUUUUGUAAAUGUUUUUCUAAAGAAA